AUGAGUGACCGAAAAGAGGGACCAGAGAAAGCAAGGAAUAACAAACAGGAUAGGCCGAUUCAAUCAAGUGAAAGGAAGAAGGACAAGAGGGGGGUUCAAGAGAAGGAAAGUAACAAUUUAUUGAUCAAUAAACUAAACCAACAAAAGGACAAGAUCGAACAAUUAGAGAAAAAAUUGAUGCAAAAUCAAAACCAUAGUAUUAGUCUACAGAAUGAGAAUAUUCGGAUGAAAGCCCAGCUCGAAGCGAUCAACCAAAUGAUGAGUAAAAGCAAUGAAGAGCUCAAAGCCCUUCAGUUAAAAGAAGUUGAACGACAGAAUGGCGAGCGACAGAAAACCCAAGUUGACGCUGAUAAUUUGAAAAAACUCGAAAAUUUCCAAAAUAUCAAGAAUAAAAAUGAAGUCAACUUAUAUAAAGCACAAGUGGAAGAACUCAAGUACCAGAAUAAAAAGCUAGUCCAACAAAAUGACCAGUUGAAAGAUGAAAAUGAUAAACACCGGAAUCAAACCAGCCUCAUCAAGAAAUUACGAAUUAGUCUGAUUUACUAUAAACACCAUUACGUUAAUUUGGCCGACAAACUAAUCCAAUGCAAGAACGUUAUCAACUACUACAAAAGCCAAACAAAACAAACACCCGACAAUGACAAUACCGAAGAUCUAUUAAAAGAUCUGACCACUAACCAUUUGAUUGGUAAUUACAAUUACAACCAUCAACCCAACCCAAAUUUGAAAUCGUACAUCAUCAUGGUUCUAUUUAUAAACCGCCUCCGCAGAAGAGUCACUGACAAACAAGACUUCAACCUGAAAAUAGCUUACCUUAGCACCAUCCAGCCUUUUGAAGAGAAUAGAUGA